AUGGCUUCGCGAAUUCUUUUGCGCGUCGUUUCCUCACCAUCUUCGCCUCUGAUACGACAAACUAGGCUACCAUCACAUCUUCCGCUCCGCCCAUGUCUCAAUAUUCCGUCCAAGUAUCUUGCUUCUUCGCGUCUGCUGCCUGCAUUUCGUUAUGUCCGGUUACAAAUCACUGCUGGGGCGACGACUGGCGGCGCUCUCGUUGCGGAUAAAUACUACAUGGGAGGCAUCCUUUCGCGCAGCUUGCGAGCUUAUGCGACACUCGCUCAAGUUGGCUUCGACUAUAAGAUGCACUCGGGCAAGAAUCCCAAAGGAGGUCGUGUGCCCAUUGAUGAGCUGCACGAUCGAAAUGCGAAGCGAGUCUGUGACAUGAUCAAAGCCAACGGUGGCAUGUUCCUGAAGAUUGGCCAGGCCAUCGCCGUACAAAGCGCUGCUCUGCCGGAAGCGUACCAGCGCGAAUUCAAGGACAUGUUUGACGAUACCGCUCAGGAUCCCUGGGACGACGUACAAGCAGUAAUUCGAGAAGAGUUUGGAGCCAGCGCAAGUCAAGUAUUUGGCGAUGGUAUAGAAAGAGAGCCCAGAGCCUCUGCAUCCAUAGCACAAGUUCACUAUGCGAAGCUGCCAGAUGGGCGGGAAGUUGCUGUGAAAGUACAGAAAAGAAAACUGGCACAACAAGCAUCUUGGGACCUGUGGACUUUCAAAGUUCUCCUCGAUAUAGCCGGCAGAACGACAGAUUUACAGAUCCAAGGCCUUGGCGACUACAUAAUGAAGAGCAUCAUGCAGGAGACUGACUUCCAAAACGAAGCAGCAAAUACGAUACGAACUGCGAAACUUGUCAAGUCUGAUCCCAGCCUGAGUGCACGUGUAUAUAUCCCCAAAGUCUACGCGGAGCUUACGUCUAAACGCGUGUUGACAUCUGAGUGGAUCCACGGAGCCAAUUUAUGGGAUAGAGAUAUUAUUACUGGCAAAUACGACGCAUCUGAUGAAGCAAAUACGGCGAUGGGCCUUGGAGAGGCAGAUGUCAUGACUACAGUCAUUGAUCUCUUCUCAUCUCAAAUGUUCAAAUGGGGCUUUGUACAUUGCGACCCUCAUCCAGGUAACAUCUUUGUACGACGCCUUCCGACAGGCAAGCCACAAAUAGUACUAAUAGACCAUGGCCUCUAUGUGUCUCUCACAGACAAUUUGCGGCGACAGUACGCUCGAUUUUGGAAGUCUCUUCUGAUGGGCGACCAAAAGGGGCUGGACGAGGUAUCGGCUGCCUGGGGAAUGAAGACUUCCGAUGCUUGGGCAGAUGCGUUCAUGUCUCGCGAAAAAAAACCUGAUCCGGUCGGCGAGACGCCCGAAGAGCGCGCCCAGCGGGCUCUUGAUGAAGCCUCUGGCCUUUUCGGUGAAGCUGGGCUAUACCCCCGCGAGCUCCUGUUCCUAGAACGGAAUCUGGCUCUUGUUCAAGGCAGCAACCGGUUUUACGAUUCUCCCGUCAAUCGACUGGGCAUGAUUGGUCGUUCAGCAAUGCAAAAUCUGCGCGACGACAGCCAAGUGACGUUUCGGCAGGCUUUGAGCUCACAAUGGUCCAUGCUUGUCCUUGAUGCCGUCUUCUAUAUCAGCCGCUGGAGGCAGUAUAUGGGAUGGGGCAAAGGCUUUGAGGCGGAGCUCAAAGAAGCAGAGGAGAGAAUGGCUCAGGAGAUGAAAGAAUCCAUGUCUGGGCUUUGGGAGGUCGAUGAGGAGACACAGUGA